UCAAGGACAAGAGGUAAGAGUGCUUUGCUCAUUGCUGAAUGAGAAGGGUACGCCUUUGCAGGAGGGAGCCUUUCUGAACAAAGAACUCUUGGUUUAAAGGAACUAAAGGAAGAAAGACAGAGUUUGGCAUGUUGCUGUUUCCCUGCAUGGUAAAUCAGUGGGCACUGUCUAUGACCUAUAAUGGAUAACGGCAGGGGAUAAAAAAACAAGAAAAAUAACAUAGGCAAGUAGAAUUAUUUGUAAUAGUUACACUGCUGACUGAAACACAAAGUGUGAACACUAGAGUUAAUGGUAUCAACGUGCAUACUGAUGGAUGUAAUCAUCUACUGUAGAUAAAAGACUGAGCUAAUUUGUAUUUAAAAAACUGAUAAUAUACAAAGAAAAAAAUCAGGACACAGAGACAAAGCAAAACUACUGAAUUUGUAAGCAAGAGCUGAAGAAAAGUCUGGGAUACACCACACUGCAGAUUUCUCAAAGCGUGGAAGGCCAUGGAUGUUAUCACCACUAGUGGGUACUCUGAUGAAAAUUACACAUACGAGUAUGAAUACAGUUACAGUAUUCUAAGUGAAGAUGAAGACAUGCCAGAGAAACAACUAAGCAGCAUUCAUAUAUUUUCGAUUGUGGUGUACAUCGUUGCUUUCUUAGUGGGAGUCCCAGGGAAUGCUGUAGUGAUCUGGAUCACUGGUUGGAAGAUGAAGAGAACUGUCAGUACAGUGUGGUUUCUAAACCUUGCCAUUGCCGAUUUUAUCUUUGUCUUUUUCCUGCCUUUUUCAGUGACAUAUAUAAUUCUGAGUUUCCAUUGGCCAUUUGGAACUGCAACGUGCAAGUUGUGGUCAGCACUUGUUCAUCAGAAUCUUUAUGCCAGUGUCAUGUUUGUAGUGGUGAUCACACUGGAUCGUUAUGUCCAUGCUGUUCAUCCUUCCUUUUCCAACAGGUGCCGUAGUGUGAGAAAUUCUUGGAUUCUUUGCUCAGUAGUUUGGGUCACGUCUUUGCUGUUAAGUAUCCCAAACUUUUACUUCAGAGAUACUGUAUCAUAUAAUGGGAAAACUGUGUGCUAUUAUAACUUCCAUGAACACAACCACGAGAUGAGGUUACGCUUGCACAUUGUUUUGGUCAGCAUGCGCUUUGCUAUUGCUUAUCUUCUUCCUCUCCUGACCAUCAUCAUAUCUUAUACCCUUCUUAUUAUUCGCAUCAAGAGUUUAGAGACUCUGACAACCAGCAACAUUUUUAGAACAGCUACAGCCAUAGUUGUUGUAUUUUUUUUCUGCUGGACCCCUUACCAUAUAUUUUCCUUGCUGGAACUGACGAUUCACCAUAGCAACAAGUUUAAUGAACUGCUCCAUACAGCCAUUCCGAUAGUUACCAGCCUAGCAUUCCUCAACAGCUGUUGCAAUCCAGUCUUGUAUGUUUUCUUUGCCAAGAACUUCAAACUCGCUUUUAAAAGUUCAAUUGCAAAGAUAAUGAAACAAAGCAUAAGGGAGGUCAGCCAGUCAGGGACAGUUAGUGAAUCAACAUAUAUUAUAGAAAUGAAUCAGUUAACUCUUCCAAAUGAGACAACUGCAUAAGUGGCAGCAUAUUUCCUUACAAAUUGUUCUGAGCAUCUUUGUUGUUUACUUCCAUAAUUGUUUAUUUUCCUUAUUUUUCCUUUUCCUUAUUUAUGGCUCCGUCUUUUUUGCAUGUUUAGUUUUCUUGAUAAGUCCAACAACAUUAGUCUUAACAGGAUAGGACCUCAGAAUGAAAUAUUCACUGCACAAAGCUAUUUGGAAUAUGAAGCAUGACCCUGGAGUAGCUAGAGUCAAUCCAGCAACAGCAAUGUGACAGAAGUUUGAUAAGCUAGAAACAAGGGUUCUUUUUGUUUCAUACUGACGUGAUUGUGACAGAGUUCAUACGGACCACCUACAGAAUUCAUAUGGACCGCCUGUAUUUUCCAGUGCAGUGAAGUAGGCUGAGACAUUUUGGGUCUUGUCUAACUAGCUGUUGCAGAUCAGUUGUACAGCAGAUUGAACACAUACUUUUUCCUAGACGGUAAAUUAAUUCUCAGGCACCAUUAAUUCUGUCUUUACUGUUCUGUGUAUCACCAGUACAAGUGAAGGGACCACAUGCUUGUGUGCUGCAUUAAAAGACCAGUUUUUGUAUUCUUUAAACAUUAUUGCCCGACAUCACACAGUGGCGAUAUGAAUAUCAAAGGAAUUUUAGCACAUCAGACUUAAGGUGUUUGUAUGACUUUUUCAUAUCCUGAACACUAAACAAUAACACUUUGCAGUUGUAAUGCAGCACAGUAGUCUAUAGAUGUGGGCUAAUAAAGCCUAUUUUGCCUUUCUAAAAAUGAUAACAUUUGAAGAUGGUUAUCUAAAACCUUUUUGAAUGUUGGUAGUGGUCAUCUCUAAUAUAACAGUUUACAUUAUGUUUGUAUGUUAGGCUUCUUUAAUGCUUUUGCUCAGGCGUAGACCUGCGGUUCCAAGCAACAUUGUCAAAAUGAGGUGUCAAAGCUGGCCAUCUGUGACUAAUAAAAAAGACACGCAUAAAAAAAUGACUACAGUCAGUACGUACAUCCCGCACCCACAAUCAGUGAUCUCCCUGAUUACGUUAUGUUUUAAAUGUCAUAAAAGUGUUAGAUUUAGUUAUUCCACCUAGCCUACUUGAUAUGAGAGAUAAUGUGGCAAGUACCAGAAUGGAACAAUUCAACAUUUCGCAAACUGUCAGACUAGUAUGUCGAGCGAAACUGUUUCAGUUUUGUAAUCAGAGUAGCACUUAAGUUAUGUUUUCUUUAUAUGUGGUACUAUUUGGGUUGGAUUAAACAUAAGGGAAGCACUUUGUGAUAAGAAAAACUUUAUAUUUAGGUGAAGUUGUCCUUUAAAUCCAGGAUCUGUAGGACUGGGUACCAGUUUGUGCUUUCUUGUUCUAGGAUGGUCUCAAGGUAAGGAUAGGACUAUCUGACUGAUAACACUGGGGAUGGUACAGCUGUGUUGUUUUUUUCAGUGGACCAUACCAAUAAACUACGGUGGGGUGAUCCUGGAAUAAGAGCAUGGCACACAUUAACAUGACUGUCUUUAGUGUCCUUAUGGAGACAGUAUAGAAGACUAAAGAGGUUAUUCCAAUUUGGUUUCUUCUAAAAGGUAAGGAAAAGCAAAGAGCUGCUCCUGUGCAUAACCUUGCAGGUGUUGGCUUCCCCUUCUUGUCAUUGGGCUGCAUGCACCACUUCAUCCAGUGGGUGGGAAUUAAGCUGCAGACAGUUUAAAGUUAGUCUGCAGCUAUUAAGAUUUGUUUCCUUGACAUAAAUACACACUUAACUUGUUCCUGGAUUUCCCUGGCUUUAUCUGGCUUUAUUUGCCUUAUUCAUUUUGGACCUGGAACUUUAGUUUUGUUAAGUAUAUGUUGUCCCUUCUAGUAGUCACACCAUCCUUGUUGCGUUCCUUUGUAUCUUUUCCCUCAUGUUGCCUCCUCCUUCCUGAAGGAUCUCUAAAAGUGGAAACAAUAGUCAUAUAGGGGCCACACAAAGUGCCUGGGAUGAUGACUUUAUUACUGCUUUGCCUCUCAAGUUAGUUCAUCUUGCUUUAAAGUCAUAAAUUAAUUGUAAUUACCUGGUAAUUACUACCCCAUAAGCUUAACAAGCCUGGUCUGCAAAGCUAUGGAGAGGAUCAUAAUGGAACUCAUAAAUAAAGACAUAGGGGACCUACAGACAUUGG